GUUGAAGUGAAAUUUUCAUCGGAUAGUUAAUAUUUCAAGGUUGUUGAUCUUCAUUUCAAUCUUGGUUGACUGACUCUCAGGUGAACAAUAGGUGAUAUCAUUGCGGAGCUAAUUGUAGAGGCAAAUGACUCUGAACGCUGAUAGUCCACAAGAACUUCACUCUGUGUGGGCUCGGGUGACUAGGAGUGCUCAUGUCAUUGCAGAUCUCGUGCAGCCGGCAGUUCCACCAGUAGCUCAGGCAGCAGAUCCACAACAGGCGUCGAGUUCAGUCUCAGGUGGCCCUCAGAGCAGUGGUUCGGGUAGUAGAAAGAUUUGAAGUUUAGGUGCAAUGGGAAUUAACUCGUUUUAGACAUGCAACUCUUUUUAAUGUUUAAUGUUGUUGGAUUUUAUAUUUGGAAUCAUGAAGUUGAUAUAUAAAAAAGGAAAUUCACA